CUCCAAAAAUACCCGCCAAAUUAACAUCAUCCGAGAUGUAGCGGUUAAAUAUUUCUUGAUUUCCUGUUUACUUAAUAAUGUUUUUAAUAUUAAAUACAUUUUAUUAUUAUAUUUAAUAUUAUGCAUUUAAUAUAAUAUAUUUCAUUCAACGAUUUUAUUCAAUCACCAGAUCUAGUUACAUUUCUCCCGGAACAAUGAACUGUGACGAUGAUGAGUUUAUAAAGGAGAGUAUAGCAAAAAGCAAACAGCGUUUUUGCAAUUCACUUGAUAAAAUGCUGGAGAAAUACGUAAAAAUGAGUCAAGAAGGACAUUGCAAUGCUGAAGUAGAUCUUAAUGAUUUCUCUGUAUAUAAUAAUGACGAUUACCUGGAACAAAUGAAAUCAAAAAACUUUGCUUUUGCUAAUGAUUAUUGUUUACCCCUGCAAGACAGAUUGGAUAUUAGAAAGAAACAGAAUAUGUUUAAGAAAAGGAAUGGAGUGUUAUAUAAAGGAUAUAGAAAACGAAAGCAUAUUUUAAGUUCGAAAUCCAAAUCUUUGAGAAGGAAAAAAAAGGACUAUCAAAACUCUAAACCCAGCUGCAGUAAUAUUUCAACUGACAAUACCUACUGUAAUAUUAAUGGAAAUUUACUUAAUAUUGAUGAUUGUUUUUCUGAAAAUAAAUCCUUCUGUUCAAAUGACAGUGUACUUAAUGAAGAUUUAAGUGAGGAUAACUCAGAGUCUUUAUGUGAAAACAGUGACGAAUCCAGUUAUCAUUCAUCUGAUAAUGUAAAUAUUAAUGAUUCUUUCAAAACCCAACUAAAAGUAAAAAAGGAAUCUUCAAAAGGACUUGAUUUUUUACCAUCAACUUCAAGAGGAAGUUUUGAUAAAAAUCAAUUAGAUUCAAAUGAAAGAUUUGGUAGCACUGGAAGUGAGGAAUCAAGUUAUCAUUUAUCUGAUAAUGGAAAUAUUAAUGAUUCUUUCAAAACCCAGCUAGAAAUAAAUAAUGAAUCCUCAACGGAACUUGAUUUUUUAACAUCACCUUCAAGAGGAAGUUUUGAUAAAAGUCAAUUAGAUUCAAAUAAAAGAUUUGGUAGCACUAGAAGUGAUCGAGGUUUAAGAAACUUGAAUAAUAAACUGUGUGAAAGAAAAAUGGAUCAAAUAACUCCUGUUAACACUAGAUUUCGGACAUUAACUGCAUCUAAAAAAAGAAAGAGAUCUGAUGAAUCAAAAAGUUCUGAAAGUAAUUGUCACAAUGUUAACCGCGAAUUAUUAAGCCCAAAGCAUUCUAACAUAAAUUAUUCUGCUGUGAAAAAGUUUAAAAAUAAUCAACCAUCGCCACAGAAAUUUAAUUCUUUUAAUGAUGAUUCUGGAUCACUAAAAGGUAUUGAAGCCCUUUUUUCACAUCAUUCACCUAUUGUACUCUCACCAUUUACUGUAAUGAAGCAAUGUAAAAAGACAAUGGUAACAUCGAAAGAUGAUUUUGCAUCCACCAAUUCUAAAACUGUUCUAAAUGGAAAGGAAUGUGAUCCACUUUCAACUCCAUUUCAAUUUGGAAACAGCAAGGACCAUACUUUAAAGCAGAGAACUUCAAAAUCGAAAUCCUUACUGUUAAAUUGUGCAUCUGAGUAACAUUUAAAAUAAGCAGAAGAAAUGUAAUGGUGAUAGUUUUCUUAAAGAUUAACAUUCACCUCAGCUCGAUCAAGACGUAUCUUAAAAAUGUGAUCGAAAGAUGAUUUUGCAUUCUCCAAUUCUAAAAUUGUUUUUAAUUGAGAGGAAUGUGAUCUAAUUUCAACUCUAUCUCAAUUUGGAAACAGUAAGGACCAUUCUUUAGAACAGAAAACUUCAAAAUUGAAAUCCUUACUGUUAAAUAGUGCAUCUGAUGCAUUUAAACGCAACAUUCAAAAUAAGCAGAAGAAAUGUAAUGGUGAAAGUGUAAUGGUCUCAGCCUUAAGGUACUUUUUUUAGCCAAAUUAAGUAAAUUUUUUUAGUUUUUGUUGUUAUAAAUAUUGUGCCAGGGUAGGGGUGCACAACCUGGGUCCGCGGCAGCAACCUGAACAAAAUGAAAAUAUUUUAUUCAUUUAUUAUUUUAUUUUAUUUU